GGCCGAGGGCAGGGCACGGGAAGAGAGGAGGGCCCGGCACAGAGGAGGCGAGGGCGCUGUCGCGCCGUGCGAGCGUCACGGGCAGGGGGCGGAGGCGGCGCGGCCGCGCUGCGGGAAGGGGAGCGGGGGAAAGGAGCCGGAGCCCCGCGCUCUCGGGAUUCAGCGUUCCCGUCCCUCGCCUCCGCCUGGCUGAGCCAGAGCUCUUCGCCACUGCACUUUACAGCCUGGCACCUUGAUGGAAACAGAUGUUGGUGGUGGUCCGAGGUGACGUAUGACCGAGGAGCAGCAGGCCUCCUUUUUUGUUUUGCCACACUGCAGCUAACUUUGUCCGGUCUUAUAUUUGUGGGGGUUAAAUUAUUUGAACUCCAGCUGAAUAAAACAAGGGCUGAAAAUUGAAAGAUGGCAGCAAAUCCUUCAGGACAAGGUUUCCAGAAUAAAAAUAGGGUUGCAAUCCUGGCAGAACUAGACAAGGAGAAGAGAAAGUUACUUAUGCAAAACCAGUCUUCCACAAAUCACCCUGGAGCCAGCAUUGCACUUGCAAGAUCACCUCUGAAUAAGGAUUUCCGUGAUCAUGCUGAGCAACAGCACAUUGCAGCACAGCAAAAGGCUGCACUGCAGCACGCACAUGCACACUCCUCAGGAUACUUCAUAACUCAAGACUCUGCAUUUGGAAAUCUUAUUCUUCCUGUCUUACCUCGACUUGAGGCAGAAUAAGGAAUGUUGUUUGUCUCAGAAAUUCAAGAUAUGAUUUUUGUCCACAGCAGGAGCUGUCUGUCCGUUUAAUUUCUUUAUGUAUCUUAAAACCUACUUUUUUCUGGGUUCUUGCAAAUGCCAUUCAGGAGUGUGAGCUCUAGUGAUGGGGAAAUAGUGUUGAAAAUUUUUUAUCCUGUAUUUCUGUUCCUCUGUCGGGUCAAAGUCAAAUGCAAGACUUCUUGGAGUUUGAAGUGCACAGGGUUUCCUCUUCCCUGUUUCAGUGCUUCCUUUAAAUAAAUGUCCAAACCAGAGCUACCAAGAAAUGCACAAUCUGACAGCAUUUGUGUUUCUUUUUAUUAUGUACAGGUAUGAUUUUUGUAAUGAAUAAUGAAAAUUAUUUCUGUCCAUCAAAACAGACACGGAUUUGUCAAAUGCAUCAGCCAGUCUUCCUCCCCCACCCUCUCCUAUGCAGAAACAUUUCUAGUGUACUGUUUACCAUUGUAGCAUCCUCUGGUCUUAAGUCUUUAGUUACAGUGUGCCUGCCUCUUACCUUGCUUUGUGAAAUGUGGAAAUGAAUUAAAGUGGGAAAAAAGUAAA